GGUUGGCGAAGGACACUCGACAAGUCGCCAGGUGCAAAGCUGAGGCACACUUGCAACCGGGAAGACAUCCUACGAACACGUCACUUUUAUGCUCGUCUGCUCCAUGCAAUCUACAUUAAAGUACGAGGUUCCUUCGAUCCCCGCUGAAAAUUCUUACAUUUCAUGAUGUUACCCCGUUUCCUUCUAGUCAUAUCACAGAUCGCCAGUGCAGCCGGCUACUGUUACAGCCGUAACGGCACUACCCUUCUCAACGCAGCUUUCCAACCAUGUAAAAGCACGACAAAAUAUUCCGCAUGCUGCAUGACGAACCAUAGCGGCGCCGGAGACAUCGGCAUAGCAGACGACGUGUGCAUGGAAAAUGGUCUUUGUCAGAACUAUGCGGUUUACAACGGGAACAACGAGGGUGAGCAAGUUUGGUCAAGACAGGGAUGUACAGACCCGCUGUGGAAUAGUCCGUACUGUCUUGGAGACGUCUGUAACAAACCAGAGUACGCCGACAAAUGGGGCAAUGUGGGCGUUCACAACUGUGGAGGGAAAAACUGGUGCUGUGGGGAGAAGACCUGUUGCGGUGAUAAGGGCAAAAUUUUCGAACUCGCAGCAACUGUAGGUCCGACAUCGAUUCUUUCCUCAGCGACACCAUUGUCGUCAGUGACACCCGCUUCCUCAGCCACAACAUCGUCAGCCUCAAUGCCUACCUCAUCCUCUACCUCCAAGGGAGACAUCUCCUCAGGUGGUCUUAGUACAGGCGUACAAGCUGGUAUUGGAGUUGGUGUAGCAAUCUUUGGAAUUGUGGUGGCUGCGAUCGCAUGGUUGAUAUCUAGGUCGAUAAGGUCCAGCGGAGGAAAAGACAGCCCUUCGGACGGAAGCACUCUGCACACGGAUGUGUCACAGGCCGAAAAGCAACCGCUACAUGUCCAUGCACAUGAGCUGCGGUCGACUCAUGGAUAUGGAGAGUUGGGCCAUCGUGAAAAUGCAGAACUAGCGGCAAUCAACCUCCCUCAGGAGUUAGAGGCCAGAAGGCAAAAUGUCCACCAAGGUAUACGAGUGCCGGAAGCUCAAUCAGAGACCUAUCACUUUGUAUCUUAACUCUACACAUAGACAUCCCUAAGAGUAUGAUAAUGAUUGCAAUUUUUAUG